AUGAGAUAUUCUUAUUGCGCACUCGGUGCCGCCGCAACGGUGCUCGCACUCACUGGCGCAGUCGAAGCCAGCUGGUUCAGCUCAACUCCGGCCUACAAUGACUGGGGGCAAGAUCAGCUCUCGACCUGGCUGCAAGACCACAAAAUUCCCAAUCCUGCCAAUCUCGAUGCCGAUGGGAUGAGAGCACUGGUCGCGAAGAACUACGACCACGCAUACGACUCUUGGUCUGAUGCGGACAUCACGGGCUUCCUUUCUGCUCAUAACAUCAUGCCUACGCCCGCAGUCAGCUCCCGCCCGAGACUCGUUGACACCAUCCGCCGCAGCUACAUCCCCGACUACGAAUCGUGGUCUUCCUCCGACCUCGAGGGAUGGCUGCAAGAUCACAACUUGGCUCCAAAGUCAAAGGCGACCCAUGAACAGCUGCUUGACUCGGUCAAGGCUGCCUGGAACGACGCGACGCAGCCAACGUAUGCUCAGCAGUUCCAGAAAUACGCCAAGCAGGCGCAACAAGUCCUCACGGGCAAGACAGGUAACACUGUCGUCGACUCGUGGACUGAUUCGGAGCUGCGUGCUUAUCUGCUCGAGCAAGGCAUCAUCUCGCCUUCUUCGACGCGCGAUGAGCUCAUCAAGCUCGCUCGUCAGCAGCAAGCCAAUGUAGCUUCGCUCGCGUCGGACGCAUCUGCCUCGGGUGCCUCGGCAUAUGGUCAAGCCACCGAUGCAGCAGGAUACUAUGCCUCUGACGCCUCAAAGAGCGCCAAUAGCGCCUACCAGACUGGUGGCAAGUCAGCACAAUCGGCGGCUUCUCAAGCGAGCAAGUCGGGCUCUGGUGCUUACGCACAAGCCAGCAAGUCGGUCAAUUCGGCCGCCGAUGAGGCCAGCGCGACCCUCUCGUCAGCCUACUACGCUGCUACGGAUGCACCGGCUCAGGCAUAUGACUUUGUCGCCCAGAAGCUCGAUGCCUCCAAGGACUACGUCUACUCUACCUGGGACGACAACACAUUGAAGUCAUACCUUGUCGAUCAGGGCAUCAUCAAGAGCAAUUCGGCCAAGAAGCGUGACGAGCUGGUCUCACUCGUCUCAGACACCUACAAUGACGCCGCAGAUAAUGUCUACGAUACAUGGUCUGACAACACGCUCCGGACUUGGCUCAUAAACCACGGUGUCGUCAAGUCAAAGACGGCAAAGACGCGCGACGAAUUGGUCGAUCUCGUUUCGAAGAACUACUACUCCGCCAAGGACACCACCUGGAAUUCAUGGAAUACAAAGUCAUUGCAGCGUUGGGCAGAGUCAAAGGGAUUGGUCAAGUCCGGCUCGCAGAAGCAGAAGGAUGAGCUUCAGAAGCUCGCACAGGAUCACUACUACAAGCUGCGCGAUGCUCCUUACUCGUCUUGGGAUGACUCGUAUCUUCGCAACUGGCUCGUCUCGCACAACGUCAUCAAGUCUGACUUCCAGGCCAAGCGUGACGACCUAAUCAAGUAUGCCAAAGAUUCCUAUUAUACCUCGAGCGACAAAAUUUGGGACACGUGGACCGACGCCGAGGCCCGUGCCUACCUUGUCAAGAACAAAAUCCUCGAUUCAACGACGGCAGAAAAGUCUCGACGGGAUGAUCUCGAGAAGACGCUUGAAUCUUCAUACUACAAGAGCAAAGAUGCCAUCGAGUCUUCCUUCUCUGACAACGACAUCAAGUCCUGGCUCAUCGAUCACGGCUUCAUCAAAAGCGAUAGCCAAGCGAAAAAGGACGAGCUCUUUGCAGAGUUCCAGAAGCAAUACUCAGCAACAGCCUCAAAGACGAACGCCUACUUGAGCUGGUCUGAUGCGCGCAUCCGAGGCUGGCUUCGCGAGCACGGUCUACCUGUGCAACAAUCGACGACUCGUGCCGAGUUGCUCGCACAGAUGCGCGAAAACUACGUCAGCACGCAAGGAUCGCUACAGAGUCUGCUCGGUUCAGUACAGGAAUACAUUCAAGGCGGCGUCGAGAUCGCGGAGGACAAGGUCAAGGAAGCUCUUGAGCUGCUUAAAGGCGCUGUCGGUCAGGGUGGCAACGUCGUCGACCAGGCUUCAGCCACGCUGAAAGGCAAGUACGGCCAGGCCACCGACACUGCCUCGCGCGCCGGCAUCAAAGCCACUCGUGCAGUCAAAAAUGAACUCUGA